GGAAGACGGCUGCCGCGAUUGGCCGAGCGCGGGAGCGGACGUGGCGUGACGCCCGGACGCGCCGCGCGGCCGUUUCCGAGGCGGGUCGCGAUUGGCUGUCCGCGCCGAAGCGGAGGCGCUGCCUAUUGGCUACUGGCGCUUGAGGCGCGCGCUCCGCUCUCUCUCCCUCCUCCCCGUCCUGCCGCAGGGGCUGGCUGGGAUCCGUCCGGGCGGCGAGCAGCGGCGGGAUGCGGGGGCUGCCGUGCGCCGGGUCGGGCUGGGCCGGACGAGGCCUGCGCGUGGGCUUGGCCGUGGCGGCGGCGGCGCUGGUGGCGCAAGUGCUGCGGAGCUGGGCUGCCUCCGAGUCGCGGCGCUUCGAGUUCGACCCCGAGGAGAUCGCCCGCCUCGCCAAGCACCACGCCGGUCUCGACCAUGAGCUGGCCUUCUCCAAGAUCAUAGUGGAGUUGCGCAAGAAGCACCCGGGGCACAUCCUGCCUGACGAGGACUUGCAGUGGGUGUUUGUCAAUGCUGGAGGCUGGAUGGGUUCCAUGUGCCUCCUCCAUGCUUCUCUCUCAGAGUAUGUGCUACUCUUCGGCACAGCCAUUGACAGUGGGGGGCACUCAGGUCGAUACUGGGCCGAUAUUUACGACACGGUCAUCUCCGGGACCUUCCGGCAGUGGAAGGAAGGGAUGACCAAAAGUGAGAUCUACUACCCAGGAGACACCAUCGUCCACCGCUCUGGAGAGGCCACCUCUGUGCAGUGGAGUGCCGGCACAUGGAUGGUGGAGUAUGGCCGAGGCUUCAUCCCCUCCACGCUCACCUUUGCCCUCGCCGACACGGUCUUCAGCACUCAGGACUUCCUCACCCUCUUCUACACGGUGCGCGUUUACGCCAAGGGGCUGCUCCUGGAGGCCAGCGCCUACUUCAGUGACCCGGGUCCCUGAGCGCUUGCUCCUCGGCCCCCCGCCUGCCCGCCCACCCACCUUGGAAUGGAAAGAGCUCCUCUCGCCCUGCCUCCCUCUGGCUGCAUUUUGUAUUAGCCUGGUGCGAAUCGGGUACUUGCACCUACCCCCCCACACACACACACACACAACGCUGGGAGCGCUGUACAUCUUUUGACAAAGAGGGAUCCGACAGCUGUAUUAUAUAUUCUUAGGCUGCUGUUUAUUAAUACCUGAGUGUUUCAUGUAUUUCUGUAAACAGGCCCACUGUCUCCUUGCCAUGCUCCUCAAGGUGCCUGCUGGAUGCCCUCUGGAAAUGUAGGGACUGAGCAUUUGGGGUGUCCUAGAGCCCCGUGGGCGGGGGGGGGGAGUGCGUUCACACAUUCUGGGUAGGAUAGAAUCGCCUCAGCUGCAGCCCCCACCCCUCCACCCCUCCCCAGGCUCGGUGGCCGCACAACUUCUGUUCUUUAAAGUGGGGUUAUGCUUGACCGCCACGGAAGUUAGUGGGAGUUGUGCAGCCACAGCCUGUGGGGGACUGAGCCCUUAAAGUCUGUUUGCACUACUGUAUAACGCAGACAAUAAAGACUUCUUGCUAAAUUAGCCCACCCCUGUUCAAACCCAGCUUAGUUUCUGAGUGUGGACCAGGGUCCCCUUAUUGCAGGCAAGGAGUGGGUGAGCAUUGCCUCAGUCUUGGCUGCAGAAACCAACUCCUGCAAUACCUUGUGCAGGAAGGACCGGUCGGACCUCCUGGCUGCGCAUUGUGGGCCGGGCCCUAGUUGAGUUCUAAUCCGCAGGGCUGGCUUGUAUUGUCGGCUACGCCUUGGAAAGAUCCCUUCUCUUCAGAGGUGAGUAAUGGGCAAGCCUGUCCGGCUGCCUCGGUGGAAACCAUUCGUAUGACUUGCAGCCCUGCUCCCGCACAGACUUGGAAAAUGCUCUUGCAGCAAAGCUCUUUUGUUCUGCAGCGGCUGUGGGCCAGCUAGCUCUUGGUCUGUGUCCUUCACCUGUUUUUCCUGUGUGGCUGAAUGAGUGCCUGCCGGGCCAGCAGCUGGGAGAGUCCCCUUCUGCCCCUCUGCUGAAGUGGGUUGCACGUUCUCAGAGGGCCUCAUCCAGUGCGAUCCUGCACUAUGGAGAGCCGCUAUCCAUUGCCUUAACCUAGAGCCUUACUCUGGCGGCCUCUUCGGCUAUGCACGCAUCUCUCUCUCUCUUUCUCUCUCUGUAUUCCUGCUGGUGUUGAUGUAUCUGGCAGGGGGCCAUUGCUCCCAGGGACGUGUUUUCUUGGCUCAGCCCAGGGACAAGAGCGUUGGCUGCUCAGCUCGGCUGGAGCCUGCUCUGCCUGGAAACGACCUUUCCUUUCUUUUCUUGCACAGUUCCUAAGGACCUAAGAGAACUUGUGCCUCUGCUGCUGUUCUAGACGCCUAAUGGCAAUGUUGUCUAAUGACUGGUUUGGGGGGAGAAACCCUUCUCACCCUAAAUGGAAUAUUAUUUGGUGACUGGGCACCCCAAAAUACUUGACUGCAGAAAUUCUGUCUGCCAGCACUCAUUCUUUGCAAGCAUCUGAAACUGGCCUCAAACCUCCUCCCUGCAGAUAAUUUCUAGUGUUGGUCAGCAGUUGCUGGGGCUUCUGCUUCCUUUGCCCUUAUUGGAACCAGACAGGCUCCUUCUCCCCACCCCAUCCUUACCCUCUUCAUCCGUGCUGGCUCUUGUGCUUUACUUCCUGGGUACAAUUCCCCCAAGUGCAGGUGGAAACCUGUCUUGGCUGCAGGGGGGCUAGUGCUGGAUAGAUUUCGGUCUCAGCAAUACAGUCGCCCUGUCCAGCAGGGAACAGAGGAGGCCUGUUGCUGGAGCAGGAGUAUUCCAGUUGGCAGCUGCCUCGGCAUCCGACUACCUUCUCUCCCUCCCACCAGCAACAACACACUUGCCAGUCAAGCAGACCGUACAGUCCAAGCAGCUUCCAGACGGUGGGUGGGGAUUAGGUGCAGUUGAGUCACCCAGCUUGUGGGAGGGGCCACGUUCCUGAGGAGGCUCAGUUUGGAAGCAGCUCCUAAGAAGACAAGGCUCACACCAAGGGAGCUUUGGUCCCCUGAGCUUUGCAGACAGAAGUUUAUGUCGUGAUUGUGAAAAUGUCAACUCCAUGCAUAGCAGCUGUGAAAAAGACAAAUUCCUUGUUAGGGAUCAUUAGGAAGGGGAUUGAAAAUAAAAAUAUCAUGCCCUUAUACAGAUCUAUGGUGCUGCCACAUUUGGAGUACUGCGUACAGUUCCUGCAUUGUAGAAGUGGAAAAGGUACAGAAGAGGGUAACCAAGAUGAUACGGGGCCUGGAGCACCUUUCUUAUGAGGCAAGGCCACAACACCUGGGGCUAUUUAGUUUAGGGGGGGAGAUCUCCGCGAGGAGACAUGAUAGAGGUCUAUAAAAUCAUGCAUGGUGUGGAGAGAGUAGAUAGAGAGAAAUUCUUCUCCCUCUCACGUAACACUAGAACCAGGGGUCAUCCCAUGAAAUUGAUUGCCAGGAAAUCUAGGACCAACAAACGGAGGUACUUUUUCACACAACGCAUCAUCCACUUGUGGAACUCUCUGCCACAAGAUAUGGUGACAGCCCACAACCUGGAUGGCUCGAAGAGGGGUUUGGAUAACUGACCAAUAGUGCAGUGAUGGCUUGCAGAGAGAUGCUCCAUUGGUAGCCUGCCUCUGCCGCAGCUUCUGUUAGUCCCCCUUGUUUGAUCAAUCCCACGGACUCGCAUUAGCCCCAGCGGUGGGUAGCAAAGAAUUUGUGGUCUCUGCAGGGCAGCAGCCUCAUCACCAUCAGCCAAACAUGUAGCAUGCGUCUGGUUUCUGUCUCAGCACUGUGCAUCUGAUCUUGGUCUCCUGUUUGCCAGCCAGUCUGUUCAGAAUGAAUCCCGUGUGUUUGACUGUUUAUACUUGACAGAAGGAGAAUAUAAUGAAUCGCCAUUAAACUUGU